AUUCAUCCGUCCAGACCAUUUGCUUCAUUCGAACACGGUAAAACUGUGGCGAAAGCUCUGCGUGGCCUAAGAAUAGACGCUAAAGACGGUACCUUAACGGGUAACAUUGAGUUUGAUCGUUUCGGCCAUCGCAAGAAUUAUGACGUUGCUGUGAUCGACUUGGUUUCAAAUACUAAGGCGACAUUCAACAGCAAGGAGGUGCUCGCCUGGAGGCAAGGAGCUGGAUUCUUCAAUGACAGGACCGUUGCGCAACAUACGCGAAAAACUGUAGAGAAUCGCAAUAAGAACGUUGUGAGAGUUGUCACAGUUUGGCUACAGUACGUAAAAACAUUCGUAGAAAAUCUUGCUGAAGUGCAGUAA